CCGCCGACGGUUAGCUGUAUCACGUGACAUGGGUCGGAAGAUGGCGUCUCCCACAGACGGGACUGACCUGGAAGCAUCUUUACUGAGUUUUGAAAAACUUGAUCGAGCCUCACCAGACCUCUGGCCAGAACAAUUACCAGGUGUUGCUGAAUUUGCAGCCUCCUUCAAAAGUCCCAUCACUAGCUCUCCACCCAAAUGGAUGGCUGAAUUAGAACAUGAUGAUAUUGAUAUGCUGAAAGAGCUGGGCAGCCUCACCACAGCUAACCUGAUGGAGAAAGUACGAGGCCUACAAAAUCUAGCCUAUCAACUGGGGUUGGAUGAGUCUAGAGAGAUGACUCGGGGAAAAUUUCUCAACAUUCUGGAGAAACCCAAGAAAUAAGCCACAGCUUGUGAAUAAGAUAUUCAGUGGACAACGAAUGUUCUUCCUUUCUUCCAGUAUAGACCUGACAGCUUACCCCCACUGCUUCCUCAGGCCUGGGGUACGCCAUCAAGAAUGCACUUCGCUACUGCUUCUGUGGCUCCGCUUCUUGUUGAGGACACUGGUUGGGAGAAAAGGAUCUGCUCUCCAUAAGGAUCAUCACUUACUGUUGUUCCAUAAGCAUUGAGACUUUGGCAUUCUAAGACUAGAUCACCAGAAAUUCUUGCUUUAUUCUAAAGAGUGAAGUCUCACUUCUGUAUUUACAGAAAUGAUUUAGAAUCUAUGUGGGAUCUUGCUCUGCCUCCUUAUGAUCCCUUCAUUGGUCUGAUUUAGUGGUAUAUCUGGUCUAAAUCAUACUAUUUGAAUUUGUUACAUAUUAGGUGGGCUCUUUAGUCAUAUUGAUCUCUUAGGCUGUCUAUGAUGAGAAAAGAUGACUGAUUGGGGAUUUGGAAUGGGCCCAUCUAGGAUAUUAUAUCUAUCCUGAAGUAGCCUACUUUGUUGUAGGUCCUAAGGAUCCAUAUCCUGAGAAAUAGGAACUUCCUAACACAUCAUCUGAUUGUAAAAAUUCCUUACCUCUCAUUAUAGUUUCAUUUGCUAUCAUGGCAUUUACUGUUCCUUCCAGCUCUGUUUUCUGGUAAGGGGUAGAGGGAUAGGAGGGAGUGAUGGAUUGGUCCUUCUAGAGUUAGUUUGUAAUGUGAAAGCUCCACGAUGGGAGCCUAUAUCAUAAGCUAUCAUAUCAUAUAGAUUUCACAGCUCCGUGAUAGUCUCCCAAUAUCAAACUACCGUAAGAGGCAAAGAGAAAGAUUCCUCCUAGUUUAUGUUUAGCCAUGGCAGGCAGUUCUGGCCCAGCCUCAUUCAAUGAGUAGCCCAAAGGUGGGAGAAAGUGGUGCUAUGAAAAGAGAACAGUUUGGGAGAGUCAGAAGCAGAGAAUAGCUUAAAGAAGUGUCCCUGAAUUGAGGGGCAGUAGCAUUAUCCUUGUAUCCAUGUUACUUCAUCUGCAUGAAGACUUUUUGGCUGUCUGACGGAGGAAAGAUUUCCUGGUGCAGAUGCAACUAUUCCAAAGCUCUGUAACUGCAUGUGUUAGAGAGGACAGGUUAAAACCCCAUAUAAUGGAUUCAGUAUCAAAUUCCCCCCCCCCCCAAGUCUGCAUUUUGCCAGUUGCCAUGUUAGAAUUAGUAAUCCUGAACUCCAGUGGGGUAUCACGAGCCAGAACAUGUGUUUGGUGGUAGCAAGCUGUCUUUCUUGGAGCUCAGAAGGACUCGCCAGCAUUCUUUGGUCUUCAUUGUCGGUAGUGGUGAGCAAAAUGUUCUUAGCUCCGUGUUAAAAACUUUUUGAUUAACCCUUUUUUGAUGCUGGUGCCCUAUUUCCUGUAGUAGAAUUACUAUUGGGUCUUCUCCCCAAUAAGAUCAAAUUACUUAAAAUAAUUCCACCUAGUGAGAAGAGAAAGAAAAUUAAAGAAAAAUGAGGGAUGAGGAGAAUGCUCUGUUUGGUUGCCAGAUUUGGCUUAGAAACUAAAACUUUUGAAGUUUCAUUUUUAAGUUAAAUAUAUUACUGACAUUCCUUUAUCUCACUAAAUGCGGUUGAACUCUGUACAUAUUAUGUAUAUGCAACCUAGCUCGCGUGUGUGUGCAUGUGUGUGUGUGUGUGUGGCCCCCAAAUAAUUGUCCUAAUAUUACAUUCUUUUUUUUGCUGUGUAUUUUGGAAAAUUGAUAACCUAGGCACAUUCAGUGCUUAAAAAAUUUGAGUGAUAUUGGAACAUAUGCCUGGAACUCAUGUCUAUAAUCUGAAACGCUGAAACUAUGUCAUUGGUUUCUUGGGCCACUUUUGUUCUUUUUGUCUUAGUUUCUUGUUCACAGCACUUAAUUGUCCUCAGCAGUGCAGCAGAGUAGAUGCUUUAAAAUUGCAAUAUUUAUUGGUUUUGUCAUCCUUAGACGUGUUAAUGAUGUAUUUUUAUAUUGAUAAUAUAAGUCUAUGUACAGUGUAUGUAUGUAUGUACUUUAUAUGUGGGCAGAUUAUAAUUUGUAUAUGGUGGUUGCUGUCAUAACAAAUGUAUCUCACUUUAUAGCAGGGCAUGGAGUUUUUCCAAAAGGUUUCAAGUUACAUAUUUAAACCCUAGACAUCAUUGGAAAGCUCUGCAUUUAAUAUUAAAGAACCCAGUUAUUGUAUUGGGGUAUAUUAAGUAUCUAGAAAUGGCUGUAACCUCCUUGGAGAAUUCAGCUGUUCUUUAAAUACAAGGUACUACUAUAAUAUAGUGGAAUUUUAAAUAGACUCUAUUUUAAAAUAAAUAAUCCAGGGAUGGGUAUCCUCAUUAGUUAGCAUACUGCUAAACAAUGGUCAAUGGCAAAUCGAAAUUGAACCCUGCUUGUUCAGUCUGGAUUAGUGUAGACUUGCACAGGGGGCCCCUGUAGUAUUUUUGUGGACCCUUCUCAACAUUAGUACCUAGGUCUUGCCCUAGGCGAAAUUGUAAAGUGGAUGAUUUGUCUUUGGCAUGCAUAAACCCUUCCCUUUUCGGCACCUUUUGUUUCCCCCAAGUGCUAUCCUACUGUUCCCUGGCCACCCAAAGAGCCCUGUCUGAUUACUGUGUCCCCCGUAGGCCUGCCCUCUUCAAGCGUCCACAUUAUAGUUGUCAUUUGUGGACUUGUCAUUGCCCUUAUGAGACUGUAAAACUCCUUGAGGUCAGGGAUUAUAUUGUCUUUCAUCUUUGUACCCAAAUGCCUAGCACAGUGCACCAAAUGUAAGAAGUGUUUAAUAAAUGUUUAUUGAACUGAAUG